GCAUGCAGCGCUCUCUCUAAUACGUCCCACUGUUUGCCGCGUAUUUUUCCUUCGCAGCUUCUCUCGCGCCUUUCUCGUCACACUUUUUCUUUCGCUUCUUCGUUUUCAUUUCCGUUUCUUCUGGGCGUUUCUUCGCUUCGGAGAAGCUGUCCAGCCUUUUUCGUGGGGGUUUCUUCGGGACCGACGGGAUCAAGUGAGAAUUUUUGCCAUCUGUCCUUCUUUCCCUUCUGUCUCCCUUUUUUUCGUCGAAAGAAAUCGUUUUUUUUUUCCUUUUUUCUCGGACUGCGCCUUCCCUCUAGACCGUCUCGCCAACGCCUCCUCUCUCGACUCUCUUUUGCCAAUCCCCAUCCCCUGAGGUUUUCGGUUUUCUUGCCUCUCUUCCGGUUUCUUCUUUUUGCGUUUCUCUCGUCUCGUUCGUUCUCGGCGCCUUCCUGAAACGCGUUUCCGGCUCUUCUCCUGGCUCCCUGUCCUGUCGCCUUCUCCGUCUCGAGAACAGCACCCAUGGCGGCGCGCGGGUCUGGGCGGCCGAGAGGCGGCAGUCGUGGGCGGAGAAAGGAAGAAGCAGGGCAGAAAAGAAAACGGUUAAUUCCGCGGAAGAGACAGACAGCAGAGACAGAGCCUGCACUCCGGAAGCGAGCGAAGAAAGACGAAGACGAAGAAAUCCUUUCAGACGACGCCGAUGGCCCUUCCUUCUCAGGAGACGAAGAACUUGCAAGCGUCGACGGGGACGACAACGGGGAAUCUGCUCAAGACGCAGAAGUCGAAGGAGAGUUCGCUGAUGAGCGCCGCCUCCGCAUCGCCCAGCAGUUCCUCAGCCAGCUGGCCGCGCGGACGGGCAAGAGAAGAAAAGAUGACGAACAAGAAGAAGAUGAUGAAGAAGAAGAUGAAGAAGAAGAUACAGAGAUGGAUCGGCUUUUGAGGAAGGCGGCGCCGACCAGGUCCGGCACGGCCUUCGCGCCGAUCGCCUCCUCGCUGUCUCUCUCGCCUGCGCCUCUGGCGUUUCUGCGCGGCCACAAGCGGCCGCUGACAUGCGUCGCCGCGCCGGGGGUCGGCGACGCGUCGGAGGCGACUCCGGAGCCUCUUUCCUCUGGGGCCGCGCCUUCCGCGUCUCCCCUCGACCGUCACAUCUACACCGGAGGCAAGGACUGCUGCGUGAUUCUCUGGGACCUGCAAGAAGAGAAAAAAACCAUUUUCGAGGGCGCGCGAAACGACGCGCGUGCAGGCGGUCACUUCCGCCCAGUCCUCGACGUCUGUGUGGCGCCAGACGAACGCUUCUUCUGCUCCGUCGGAGAAGACGAACUCGUGCGAAUUUGGGAUGCCCGCACCAGCACAAAAAAGUGCGUAGCCUCGUUGCGAGGCCAUUCCGGGCCGAUUCGCUCGGUCAAAUUCAACUCGUUUCCUUCCUCGGCCGCGGCUGCGGUGGCUCGAGGCGAACGCUCGGCCUUCUCGUCGGCGGGAGACAUCGAACUCGUCACAUGCAGUGCAGACAAGAGUGUGAAGCUCUGGAACCUGACGCUCCGCGCGUGCCUCAACAGCUUCUACGGACACACAGCCCCCGUCUCCCGCCUCGACGUGAUCCAGCCGAACAAACCGCUGACUGUGGGCGAGGACAACUGUGCCCGAAGCUGGAAGUUGAUUCAAGACAGUCACCUCGUCUUCUCUCCCCAGCUGUCCUCUCUGGAGAGCUGCGCUCUGCUCACUCCUUCGCUCUUCGCCUGCGGGAGCGCGUCUGGCGUCGUAUCGCUGUACUCCUCGACUUUCAAAAGGCCGCUGGGUGCCCGGUUCGCGAGUCAGAACUCCGAGACCACUGCGGAGAAACGCGCGGCGGGAGGCAGAGAAGUGGGCGUCACAGCCAUGGCCGCCAUGCGGCGGACAGACGCCUUCUUCUCCGGCACCGAAGAUGGGAGAAUUCAACUGUGGAAGGCGCGUGCGAAGGAAGCGGGAAAAAGUCGAGAUGAAGGCGAUUCGGAGAACGGACCCUCUUCUCCUCUCGCGCUCCUCAGUUCCUCCAGCGUCGGACCUGCGGGAGGCGUCGUCGCAGACCUCACGCUGUCUCCUUCCUACGGUUUCCUGGUCGCCGGCAUCAGCAAAGAAAGUCGCUGCGGGAGAUGGAUUGUCAACAAAUCUGCGAGAAACGGAAUUGCCAUCUAUAAAAUUCAACAAAUGUAAACUAAGAGUCUAGAGAAACUCAAGGCCUGUUUGUCGCUCCACGUUGACAUGCAGAACGAAACGAACUCCGUUUUCAAUCUUGUCUACAGUGUAUGCGCUGGCCUCAGUCUCUUCUUCAAACGCGAUUUCGGCGGGAAGAGACCACCCCCCGUGUUUUUCAAUUCAGACAGGCUUUCUGCUUCUUCUCUUCCAGUCUGCACAUACCGCAUGCAUCUGUUGCGAAUUUAGUAACUCGCCUAAAAACUACAGCGACAGUGGGGUCUUCUGCAUCUCUCUCUCUCUUUCUCUCUGACUGCUGCCUCUGUUUCCCGCUUACAAGCCCCGUGCCGUGUCUCCUCUGGUUUUUCUCCUUCGUAGUCUCUCUCUGUCGGAGUCCGUCUGUCUCCUACUCCGUCUAUCUCGGAUCAUCUUUCUCGACGGAUUCCCCUCCUGUUGUCUCUGUCUCUGAAUCUCGACCUCUCUUCCUCUGUCUGUCUCUGCUUCCUUUCCUCCCCUUUUCUGUCUUUCGCGCUUCCAUCUUCCUUGUAUCUUCCUCCUUCGCUGCAUUCUCUGCCCACAUGUGCUCGAGUUUAGGCACACCAGCCGCUGUCGCCGCGUUUCCACUGAACAGCUUCGUAGAUGGGUGCCAGCGAUACGAAACAGGAAAGAAAAUGCCGCAGGAAAAUGCCAAUCUCGAGGCUGUCGAGAAAACUCUACAUCAAGUCAACAAGACGCCAGAGCUUGUCUGGAGGCAGUCUCUUCUCCGCCGCGAACACAAGCACAGAUCAGACUCACAUCCGCAGUGACAAAUAAACGUCCACAUGCGUAUGUAGAAGGAACAUGCAUGCAUACACUAUCUGUAGAGAGAGAGCACAGAGAUACGUAGCCUCUACGUAUGCAUACAUAUACAGAGACAGAGAAAACAAGAAACAUAUAGACAUGAAGGAGGUACAUGUAGACCACAAGCGCACAGACCCCACGUAUACCACACUAGGCGUCAAAAGAGGAAUACAGCCUACGCACGCUUUCUCCCUCUAUGAAAAUGUGCUCGCAUGUUGCAUA